CGCUCUGUAUCAUCCACCCAGACAUUUCGCAUCCAUGAUUGCAAGAAGUGUUCUCCGCCGCCGCCCGUACUUCAACAACAAACCAAGCUUUCUUCGCCUGCGCUUUCUUAUUCGUCCUCCCGCUCCCCGCCUUGUACAUAUCACGCCGCCUUUCAUCCCAACACAAAUGGCUUCGCGGCGACAGGACCCUUCUAAACGCACUCCCGAGAUUGAGAGCGGGAUGAACGGUGCCGAUGAGCUAGAGAGACUUCUAGACAAAGAUAAUUUCAAAAGAUGGGGCUUUAUUAUCUAUCGAUGCACAUAUCAAAGUGACUCUGACUGGGAGAAAUUAAUGAUCCGAUUCUACAAGCGUGUUGAAAAAUAUCUUCGAUAUUAUAAUGGUCUAGAUCUUCUCGCCAGAUUUACUCCAACAGUCUUGGAAGUGGAAGAUCGAUCUUUUGAGGGUAUGACAGUGGCCUCACUACGUGAUAAAUUUAAUAAGUGGGCUGUGACUGCAGUGAAAGAGGAACAGGAACAAGAAAUUGAUUCCAGGCACUUAUGGCAUUUGAAAAACGGUAGAUACCGCUUUUUUAUUAUGAUAGAUCAAGAAGCAUUGGAUUCAAUCCUGAGUACGCCAGAUGAUAAUAUACAUGGAGGAUUUGUUCGUCUAGUCAAUGCUGAAUGGAAACCAGAAGAAUUAGAUGAGGAAGAGCUGGCAGAACGCGGAGGAUCUGGUCCAGAAGAGGACCCAUUAGAAGGAUGUACAGAGGAAGAUGUUGGUUGGAUGAAAGUAUGCUGGGGAGAGUCACAGAUGCCUGGAUAUGUGAUUCUUGAUGACUCCCUUCAAUGGGAUAGAUAUUAUUCGCGGCCACCUGUGAUUCAACGUCUUAGCUAAGAACACAACUUGACCGUAUUAUCUUCACGAGUCAAUCAAUC